AAGGGGGUGGUGGAAGGGGAAAAAAUGAGAAGCAGGGAGAAGGGAUGGGGUGGAGUAAGGAACCGGUUGCAGAUGAAUAGACUUCAAAAUAAGAAAAUAAGUAAAAGAUACACGAGUAAUUAUGCCGUUUCACUCAUAACUAUUAGUAUGUUGGAUACAACACAUGGUGUUGUGUGUGGCUCUCACAUACUCAUCCACUGAGGGGUGGGCAGGGACGUGGCAGGCAGCUGCACCUGGCAAGGUGUCGGAUAGUAUUUUGGUGUGUGGAGCCGGGAGGGCCAGACAAUGUGGCUACACUUUACAUGGGUGCUCCACAACGAACUUUUCUCUCCAUCCAGAGACGUGACUACACACCAACAGGAACUAUAACAAGGAAUUUAUUAUCAGAAGAAGAGAUUUGAGAAGACUCGUCUAUACUCUGGUAGCCAGUGAUGACAGGCAGCGGCGGUGCAUGCGGCCAGUGCGGGGCUGCGGCCACGCUACGCUGCGGUGGGUGUAGUGUCAUCCACUACUGCAGCAAGGAACACCAGCGGCAACACUGGACCAAACACAAGGACGAGUGUUGGCCCAUUACCCAGGUCCAUGACACGCAGGGAGGCAGGUACCUGGUAGCAACACGGGACUUGAAGGAAGGACAGCUGGUGCUACGUGAGGCGCCUCUGGUGUUGGGUCCUGUGGCUGAGACUGCACCUGUGUGCCUCGGCUGCCACUCGCCUAUCACUGCUGAGGAUCACCCUCGAUGUCCGAGGUGCUAUUGGCCCCUCUGUACCCCAGAUUGUGCUGAUACUGCCCUUCACCAGGCAGAGUGCAGCGCCUUAGCUACUGACACCAAGAGGAUCGGUCCACCAACUAGCUUGACGAGAACGCCGCGCUAUGACAUCAUUCUUGUACUUCGAUGUUUACUCCUUCGCUCGUCAGACCCGGCAGGCUGGGAGAAGAUUAAAGGAAUGGAGAGCCACUCGGAACGUCGCAAAGAAAUUCAGGAAACUUUCCACACGACUGCAAUGAAGUACUUCAGCGAGAUUCUCCAGGUAGACUGUGACGCUGACACAGCAAGCCAUAUACACGGCGCCAUUAUCACGAAUGCCAUAAACACCUACGGUUCUCGUGGAGUAACCCUGCGCGGUAUAUACCCGACCCUCUAUCUAAUGAACCACUCUUGUCUGCCAAACGUAACUUUGCGGUCAGACCUCAAUCGGACCCUGUUUGUGCGUGCCGCCGUGCCUAUCAAGAAAGGACAACCUCUAUUAUUUAGCUACCUUCCUCCAACUGACCCAAUAUGGCGACGACAAGGUGAUCUCAAAAAUAUUUAUUUCUUUACGUGUUCUUGUGAGCGAUGUCGGGACCCCACGGAGCUGGCUACCAACUUCUCCAACCCGCGCUGCCCAACGUGUAUCCAGAGGUUCUUAGAACCCAGCACGGACCACGCGGCGUCAUGGUCUUGUCUUGGGUGUGGUACACAACGUUUGGAAGAAGACAUCAUCAAAGAAACUGAAGACUACGUAUUUAGUAUCGAGAAUAAGUGUCACUCAUUCACAGACGUCUGCAAACUGCUGGAAAGGAUAGUGAACACUUUCCACGGUAACCAUUUUGUGUGGCUGACGGCGGCGCAAGCGGCUAUGUCCGUACUCUCGAAGGAAAAGACUUUACAGUCCCUGUACCUCCGUCGGGACUUGUGGCGGAAACUUGUACACCUGUACCAGAGGCUGGAGCCCGGCUUCACCAGGAGACGAGGUGUGUCGUUGUACAACUCAGCAGUGGUGGAGAGAGAUGCUGCCAUCCUUCACUUGGCCACGUGUGGAGGCAAGAGGUCACAAGAGUUCGAGGAUGGUCUGACCCGCGCCGUCAACAUGCUCGACACAGCUAUCCCAAUACUCGAACUGGAGCCUCCGGAUUCCAGCGAACUGCGCUGGCUCCUUAACGCCAGAGCUGAGAAACAAAUCAUCUACGACCUCAUUGCCGGCGGAAAACCCGUGGAAUGUCAGGAGAUGGAAUGAAUGAAAAUCGAUAAGCGAGUUACAAUAUACUUUCCUUCCAUUGUAGUUCAUGUCUUUCGCGUUGUUUGUAACUGAGAUUACGCAAGAGGGUGUGCGUGCGCGCGUGUGCGAGCUAGUGUUAACAUACGGUACAUUUAAUAAACUUAUCUGAUUUGUAUUCUUACACUCAAAUACUCCAACGAAAAAAAUCAAAGGGUGAAAGAAAAUCGCAGAAACUAUUAAUCGUCACAAUAUACAUGCAUGAUUUUAUUUUCAACAUCGCGGUGAAGAAAUUUCUAGUAAGUCAGGAAAAGAGAGUUUCUAUAGGCGUGUUGUACUUUCAUGGUGCUGAAUACUCUGUCGAUCAAUCUGCACUGCUGAAGUGUUUAUAGUCGUCGAGCAUCACACGACAUACCUCUUAUAUAUGAAAACAAAUCAGCUGAUCAAGGAAAAUAAGCACUGAAGUAGACCUACUGGUCCAUGGUCAACGACUCCACCAACCAGUGUGCUCACACAUCUACAACUCUAUUGCUAAACGAGUACCGUUCCCACACUUCCAUCAAAUUAAUCUAGCUAAACAAAUCAAGUUUAAAAGAGAAGGAUUGUGUAAAAUAACAUUUACAGAAGCCUUGAACUUGCUUGUUAUCACUUAUCUUCCUUAGGGAUUUGUUUAUAGUUUUGAAGUUGGGAACAAUUCCAAUUGUAAAAAAUUCCAUUUUCUUCUAUGUUGCUGCAUCUCAUUAAUAUUGUAGCAUCAAUGAUUUUUUGUAGAAGAAUCUGUGCUUGAAUCGAAA